GUACACUCCAUCCACCCAAAAAAACCCGUCCCUUGCACCGUCCCGAGCUUUUCUUCCUCGGCGCCCGAAGUUCAAACCCCUCCUCCUCCCCUUCGCUCUCCUUCAAAAUCCCGUUCAAAAUGAAGGUUCCCAUGGGUCCUCCUCCUCCACGAAACCCUAACCCUAAUGCUAACCCUGAUCGCGAACCCGAAUUGUCGAACGCGGAGCGAUCGCUCGGCGAGGCCCCGCAACCCAGCGCCCUGGAUAAAUCUGGCACCGACGAGGAGAGUAACGCGCCGCUCGAGGAGUCGGACAAGGAGGAGCCCCACCAAAACCCUAACCCUAACCCUAGCUCGAGCCCCUCGGAGCGGGGUGGGAAAUCCCCAGUACCCUACUCGAUCCCGCCGUGGAGCGAGCCUCCUACUCACCGCUUCUUCCUCGAGGUUCUCAAAGAUGGAUCAAUCAUCGAGCAAUUAGACGUGUCUAAGAAAGGAGCGUACAUGUUUGGACGUGUCGAUCUUUGUGAUUUCAUUUUGGAACAUCAAACAAUCUCUAGAUUCCACGCAGUUCUGCAGUUUAAAAAAGACGAAGUCUUACUUUAUGAUCUUGGCAGUACGCAUGGUACUUCUGUUAAUAAGAAACAGGUUAAGAAGAAGGUGUACAUGGAAAUCCAUGUUGGUGAUGUUAUAAGAUUUGGCCAGUCCUCGCGCUUGUAUAUUUUCCAAGGACCAUCUGAGCUGAUGCCGCCGGAGGGUGAUUUUCAGAAGUUGCGAGAGGCUAGGAUUCAAGAAGAGUUGCUUGAUCGAGAAGCUUCGCUUUCACGUGCAAGGGCUGAAGCUUCUCUCGCAGAGGGAAUCUCAUGGGGCAUUGCUGAGGAUGCAGUUGAAGAAGCUGGAGAGGAUGAUGCAGAUGAAGUUACAUGGCAAGCAUACAAAGGACAGCUUACUGAACGGCAGGAGAAAACUCGCAGCAAAAUAACAAAAAGAAUGGAAAAGGUUGCCAAUAUGAAGAAAGAGAUUGAUGCUAUUCGAUCAAAAGAUAUUGCUCAAGGUGGGUUAACUCAAGGUCAGCAAACACAGAUUGCACGAAAUGAACAAAGAAUAUCACAGAUUAUGGAGGAACUGGAGAGCUUAGAAGAAACUCUGAAUGAGAGUAUUCGAGAAAGUUUAGGUGCACGUGCUGGAAAGGUGGCCCAUGGUAGGAAGAAAGGAAGUAUUGAGGAUGAAGAUGACAUCUUGAGUGAUGAUGACGAUUUCUAUGAUCGGACAAAGAAGCCAUCUUCUCAAAAAUCUAGUGAACAGCAGUCUGUUGAAACGGCCGAUACACUUCUUGACAAGAAGGAUGCUAUUACCGGUGAGAUGGAAGACAAGAGGAAAUUGCUUGAAAAUGAGAAAAAUAAACUACCUAGUAGUGCAAAGAACAAAGAAGGAAAUGACAGUGGUGAAAACAAUGAAGAUGGUGAUGACCUUGAUGCAUACAUGACCGGACUGUCAUCUCAACUAGUGCAUGACAGAAUUGCACAAAUUCAGAAGGAACUGUCCGAUCUUCAAGCUGAGUAUGACAAGGUAACCUACUUGCUGAAAAUAGCUGAUCCAACAGGAGAAGCUUCUUGGAAAAGGGGUCUAAAAGCACAAGAACCAACGGCUGAAUCCACUCCACAUCCACAACCAUUAUCCAAGGAAAAACAAAUUGCUUUGCCUGAAACGGCUGUAGUAAAUCCACAACCUAAAGAACCUUCCCAUUCGAAACAAGUGGACCAGAAUGCUAAAGAAGGUAGCGAUAUUCCCAAUCUAAAAGAAAAUGGGGUAUCCGCAUUUAGCUUAACAAAACCUCAAUGGCUUGGUGCCAUGCGGGAUACGAAACCUGAAGAGAAUGAAAUGCAAGAGGUAAAAGCUGAUGCAGAAGAGCCUGAUAACUUUGUGGAUUACAAAGAUCGCAAAAAGAUUCUUCAACAACUCGAUACUGGAAAAGAAAUGGAAAGCACCACUGCUGGUCUUAUUAUACGUAAGCGGAAGCAUUUAGAUAGUCCUGAAUCUAAUGUAGAUAAAGUCCAGAGAGCGGGAGACUCAUCUGCUGGAGAAGCUGAAACAUCAGCUGCUGAUGCUGUGGCCCUACUGCUCAAGCAUAAACGAGGUUACCAUGCUUUAGAAGAUGAUGAACAGAAUGGGAAUCAACUCAAAACUGGGCAGAAAAAGGAGAAAAAAGAAAAAUCGCAACCGAAACGAGUGUUUGGACCUUCAAGACCCGAUUUUCUUAACAAUAGUCCAGAUUAUGAGACUUGGGUGCCCCCUGAAGGACAAACUGGUGAUGGACGCACCUCUUUGAAUGACCGCCUGGGUUAUUGAUAAGCUCCAUUUGCUCUCAUCAGGGAUAACUCUGCUGGGGAGAAAACAAAGAAAUCCUGAUGAAGCCAUUGCUCCCAACUAUUGAACCUCUGGAGGGCCAUUGCAGUGAAACAGAACCGUAUAAAGGCUGCUGAUACAAAUGGAUCAACAUGCCUGUAGCAUACAGCGAAUGAAGACGUUUAAACACUUGGUCACAUUUGUCACAGUUCCUAACGGGUCAAAUGAGGAUUCUGGCGGAUAGACAUAGGUAUUUAAGCUUUUCUCUGGAAAUAUUGUGCAAAAUCAAACACCACAGGCAGAAAACUUCUCGUUUAGCUGCAGUUAAUUCCGUUUUAUUGUAACGCAUAAAGAGAGGUGAGGGUUGGGCGCUCGAAAAGAGUUCCCAGUUGGCACGUGCUGGAGCAUAUGGUUCUGUUUUUGAGUUGCUGCCAUUGUAAAUUAAGGCAAAGCUGUUUUCCCCACUUAAA